AUCGCUAAACAGUCUACUCUGCAUACAAAACAGUUGUACAUCUAUGGCGUCAACAUUAACUAACGAGACAGCAGCAUCUGCUCCUGACCCGUUACUUGUUCUAUUUGCACGAGGUGUAAUCGCUCGUCUCGGUACCUGGCACGCACUCCGUCUCGCUAUCGACCAAUCCUGGGGUGGUCCAGAAUCUACACAGAAACAAACCUGGAUGGCGUCCGUAAUCGUCGACGAGUUCGAUCCUAGCCAAUCUCUAGAAACACCAGAUGCACCUUACGUCGAAGAAAUGCUGCUACAAAUCAUGGACGACGAGUUCGACGUAAUAUUAGAGGACGGAAGUUCAGAGGCGGUUGCUCGUGACAUAGUGAGCUUGUGGGAGAUGAGGGAAGCCGAACCACGAAUGAAAGCAGCUGUUGAGCUCUGGGAAGAGCAAGUGAAUAAAGCGAGGGGGAAGAAGGUUCCACAUCAAGAGGUCGUAGACUCAAAUGCUGAAGUAGACGGCAGCGGUAGCGAAUGGGAAGACGACGAUGAAGCGGAAAGUGAUGGCGAUGAGGUUCCGCCGCUAUUACAACCACGAACGCAGAAAUCUCGAGAAGAGCCUGAAGUAGACGACGAAGGCUUUACUAGGGUGACGAGUAAAAGGAAAAGCCAUAGCUAAUAGUAAUUGCUGCAUGAACAAAACAAAAAUCUAUGUACUAUUGGUUUCUUCGAUUUACUAUUUGACGCAAUACUAUCCUAGGUUUAAAUGAAGCAUUCUGGUUAAAAUGGAUAUACCAUGGUACUCUUCCUCCACCAUGUCCUGAUGUUUUGAAUAUAUGCAUUCUCCUUUGCAAACUAAUAGACGAUACAGGAUGCUUUUGGAAUAUUCUGGAGUUCUUUGAAUUGUGUCUCUCCCGGUAAAAUAAUAGAAUGG